AUGGUUGAGGUCACACUUCCAGAUGGACGAAAGAUAGAAUGUGAUCCCGCUACAACUACACCAUACUCAGUGGCUCGUUCGAUAUCAAAGGGAUUGGCUAGUCGUGUGGUGGUCGCUCUGGUCAAUGGUCAAUUGUCCGCCAUCAACAAGCCAAUCAAAGACAUCUCCUCAUUGACAUUGCUCGACUUUGACAAUGAUGAUGCCAAGCGAUGCUUCUGGUGGACAACAUCCAUCAUCAUGGCAAGAUCAGCGCUCAUCCACUUUGGUGAAGGUGCCAUUGUCACUGCUCACACCAGCACACUCACCAACAAUGCACUUCACGAUGGCUGUCACAUUGACAUGUACCUUCCCGCAGACAGGACCAUUAACGAGGCCGACAUCAAGAGCAUCCACACCAUCAUGUCCAAGCUUAUCCAAUCAGACAAACCAUUCACAACACGUCAAUUGACCAUUCAAGAGGCACUCAAUAUGUUCAAAGAUAACAUAUACUACACUCAACAAUUGAAUACAAUGAUGGAGGAUGGAAAGAAACAUGAAUAUGUUAAUGUCGUUGACUUUGAUGGCUUUGUGACUUUGGAUGUUGGACUCCCCACAAUGCCAUCCAGUGGCCAUAUCAAGGCCUUUGACUUGGUGCGUAAUUCUAGUGUUGUCGGAACCAUACCAACCAUGGCAUCACUGCAACGUUUGGUCGGCGUGUCAUUCCCCGACAAAGAACAGAUGACUGCGUGGAAAGACCUCCAACACCAGGCCGCACAACUUGACCAUCGACACAUUGGACGCGACCAACAGCUGUUCUUCUUCCACCCCUACAGCCCAGGCUCCUGCUUCUUCCUGCCACUUGGCACGCGCAUAUACAACCGCCUUCACUCAUUCCUGCGCAGUGAGUAUCGCAAGCGCGGCUACGAGGAGGUGAUCACGCCCAACAUCUACAGUCAACGUCUGUGGGAGACCUCUGGACAUUGGCAGAACUACAAGGACAACAUGUUCUCAUUCCAAUGCGACCACACCAACUACUCGCUCAAGCCAAUGAACUGUCCAGGCCACUGUCUUAUGUUCUCACAUCGCGCCCGCUCCUACAAGGAGCUGCCACUGCGCAUUGCCGACUUUGGCGUGUUGCAUCGUAAUGAGACGCAUGGCUCGCUCACAGGACUCACACGUGUCCGUCGCUUCCAACAGGAUGACGCCCAUAUCUUUUGCACGACUGCUCAGAUACGCUCAGAGAUCAAAGCCUGUCUGGACUUUAUGCAGCAUGUAUAUGGAAUCUUUGGCUUCACCUUCUCGUUGGAGUUGUCUACGCGUCCAACACCAUUCCUGGGUGAUGUUGCCGUUUGGGACGCUGCCGAGCAGUCACUCGAGUCAGUACUCAACGAGUUUAGUCCGGGCGCCUGGCGCAUGAACCCAGGCGAUGGCGCCUUCUACGGCCCCAAGAUCGACAUCCACAUAAAGGAUGCCAAUGGAAAAUCACAUCAAUGCGCCACGAUCCAACUGGAUUUCCAACUUCCCAUUAGAUUCAAACUAGAGUAUGCCAGUGAACAGGGUGUUGCUGAGAGACCCGUGAUGGUACAUCGAGCAAUCUUUGGCUCGACCGAACGUAUGAUGGCAAUCCUCAUCGAGCAUACCAAGGGCAAGUGGCCAUUCUGGAUAUCACCACGACAGGUGUUUGUGGCGUCAGUGACCAGCGGACCAUACGAUCAAUACGCACAGACCGUCCGAGACCGUCUAUUCGACGCAGGCUAUCACGUUGACAUUGAUGUAUCAGACAAAACAAUCAAGAAGAAGUUACGCGAUGCCAUCACCGAUCGCUACAACUAUAUGAUAGUGAUAGGCAAGGAAGAGCAAGACAACCAGACCAUUAGCAUUCGUCACCGUGACACCAGUGAGCAAAAGACCUUGACCAUUGACCAGUUCCUCAUUGAGCUUAAGCAUCAGACUGACAACUACCUCUGA